GCUCAGGUGAAGAUGCCCUCUAAUGGGAACCGACCUCUGAAGCUGCAGUUCGGUCUGAUCAAUCACGAGGGUCGCUACCUCACUGCCGAGACCUUCGGUUUCAAGGUGAAUGCCUCCGCUCCCAGCCUGAAGAAGAAGCAGAUGUGGACUCUGGAGCAGGACUCGCAGGACGCCCAGGUGGUUUAUCUGCGGAGCCACCUGGGCCGCUACCUGGCUUCCGACAAGGACGGCAUCGUCAGCUGCGAAGCGGACGGCCACAACUCGGACUGCCGCUUCCUGAUCGUGGCUCAGUCCGACGGCCGCUGGGCCCUGCAGUCCGAACAGUACCUCCGCUUCUUCGGGGGCUCGCGGGACUACCUGUCCUGCUUCGCUCAGGCCGUCACAGACGCCGAGCUGUGGGCCGUGCACCUGGCCCUGCACCCGCAGGCCAACCUGCUGUCCGUGGCCCGCAAGCGCUACGCCCACCUCUCCAUGGAGGACGGCGAGAUCGCCGUGGACCUGAACAUCCCCUGGGGCGUGGCGGCGCUCCUGACCCUGGUCUACCUGGACGGGAAGUACUGCCUGAAGACGUGCGACGGCCGCUUCCUGGGCAACGACGGGAAGCUGCUGACGCAGAGCGGGAGGGUCACGGCGUACACGCUGGAGUUCAAGUGCGGGAAGCUGGCGUUCAAAGACUGCGAGGGGAAGUAUUUGUCCCCCAUGGGGCCGACGGGGACUCUGAGGUCCGGACGCUGCUCCAAACCGGGCAAAGACGAACUGUUUGACUUGGAGGAGAGCCAUCCACAGGUGGUUCUGAUAGCAGCCAACGGCCGAUACGUGUCUAUUAGACAAGGAGUGAGCCUGGCCGCCAACCAGGAGGACGAGACGGACACGGAGACGUUCCAGAUGGAGAUCGACAGGGACACCAAGAAGAGCACCUUCCGCAGCAGCCAGGGGAACUACUGGGCCCUGGUGGCUCACGGGGGCGUCCAGACCACCAGCACGGCGGUGUCUGCAGACACCAUGUUUUCAGUGGAGUGGCUUGGCCACAAGGUGGCGCUGAAAGCUAACAAUGGGAAAUACAUCUGCACCAAGAAGAACGGCCAGCUGCUGGCUGUCAGCGACUCCAUCGGUGAGGCUGUGUCCUCUGAGCGGCCAGGCGGCUCAGGUUCUGGGUCUGACUCAGGGGAGGACGAGCUGCUCACUCUGAAGCUGAUCAACCGGCCCAUGCUGAUCCUGAGGGGGGAGAACGGCUUCAUCUGCCGCCACAGGAACUCCAGCACGCUGGACGCCAGCAGAUCCGUCUACGACAUCUUCAGCCUGGAGUUCAGUGGCGGGGCCUACCACAUCAAAGGCGCCGACGGGCGGUUCUGGUACGUGAACGGCGCCGGGCUGGUGUGUUCGGACGGCGAGGCCCCGGAGGCCUUCUCCCUGGAGCUGCUGGAGCGCGGCCGCCUCGCCAUCCGGGCCAAGAGCGGGAAGUACCUGCGUGGCGACCAGGGAGGCACGCUGAAGGGGGACGGGCCCGGCCCCAGCAGCUCGGCCCUCUGGGAGUACUGAUGUGAACCCAGGACUUCAUCCGCUCUAAAAACACAGACAUACAGACUCAGAGGGUC